UUUCCACGAUGUGAGGACUGGAUCCUGAUGUUCCAGGUUUUCUUCUCAGUCGACUCUUCCUGCGCUCCUGAUCCGAGCAGCUAGUUUUCCCAAUGUGACCUGAAAGGUUAAUUCAGGACUCAGUGGAUUUUCCUCAUUCAUGGAUUUAGUCUGAAGAUUUUCCAGAAUCCUGCUGGAUGUUCUUCCUGCUCUCAGAGUUAAAACGUUCAGUUAAUUUGCUUCAAACUGAGCUUCUGACUGCAGGACCUCCUCUGAUUGGUCAAUCACUGCAGAGAAGCAUGUUUGGGGUCUUUUUGAAGAGAAAUAAAGCUACAGAUGGAUGCUGUGAGGGAAACUUCAAGCUGCUUCUGAGAACAGAUGAUGGAUGCUGAGAGCAGAGAGGUGCUUCCUGAAGCCGGGCUGGUGGCCAGCUGGCAGCUCGACGCUCCAAUCUGCUCCGAACUCGGCUUCAGUGGCUCGGAGAAAGUUCUGCAGGGUUGGGCGGGGAACUCUGACUGUGUGACCCUGAAUGACAGCGAAUCAGAAGACGUCAUGCACGCCGUCGAUCCUAAUGAGGUGUUUGGCAACGCAGCGGCUGACCCGUCAUCAGAGAACAACAGUUGCAUCUCAGAAGAGACCCCCGUUACCCUGGUAACGGCUGCAACCACAGCAACCAGCCAGCCAACCCCGACGACAGUCUAUCAGGUGGUCUAUGACAUCAGCUCUGCAGGCGGAGCUAAGUCUGAACCCAGUCAGGAAAACAUCAUCUCCAUAGAGCUCGAUGAAUGGAGCUCCCAGCUGCUGUUUUCGGACUCGUGCAUCGUUAACGCGCUGCCGGUGGCCUCGUCGUUACCAUCAUCCUCUCCACCCAGAGGCAGCUUGAGCUCCACCGCCCUCUCAGGCAGAAACCAGAUGUUUCCAGACCUGUGGCUGACAGAGGAGGAGCAGAAGCUGCUGACGGAGGAGGGAGUAUCCCUGCCCCGCAACCUUCCUCUCACUAAGGCCGAGGAACGGAUCCUGAAGAAAGUCCGCAGGAAGAUCCGGAACAAGCAGUCGGCUCAGGAUAGCCGGGUGAGGAGGAAGGAGUACAUCGACGGCCUGGAGAGCAGAGCGGCAGCCUGCUCGGCUCAGAACAAGGAGCUGCAGAGGACCGUGGAGCAGUUGGAGAAACACAACAUGUCCCUGCUGGCUCAGCUACAGCAGCUCCGCUCUCUUAUCAAGCAGACGGCCAGUAAAGGAGCCCAGACCAGCACCUGCUUACUGAUCAUCUUGGUGUCCCUCAGUCUGAUCAUCCUGCCCAGUUUCAGUCCGUUCAGCCGCCGCCUGUCAGCAGACGACGACUACAGAACCACGGGAGUUUUUUCCAGAAACAUCCUGACAGAUCCAACCUUCUCCAACCCGACAGAUGAUGGAGACGGCCCAGCUGCACAUUUGGACUCCUCAUCACCAUCGCCUAAGCUCAGCCAAUCAGGGCCUGCAGGUGGCGCUGCUGUAGUCCUAAAGCCACCAGGAAGCUUUGAGAACCCGGCUGCUGAUGAUGAGGGACCUAAAAUGGGCCAAUCAGAAAAUGUGACAGCUAACGUUGCUGAGCAGACUGAUGUGAUGGAUCGGAGAGGAGGCCUCGACUCGGGAAAACCGGCACACGCUGACGAGAUGUAACCUGUACCUCCCGCAGGUUCUGCUCACAUGGCAACGGGUUGGACAAACAGCCUGGAGGGCUCUGACUGAUGCUGUGGAGGGUGGUGGGCUAAAACCAGGAAUUAUCCCAGACCUUUACCUUAAAUGUCACAGUUUUAGAGAAACGUUUAACGAGGUAACAGGUUUGGUUGUUUUUGGAUCAGAACCAGCACAGAAUGAAGUUUUGAUCUCUCUGUUAGAUCUGGACCGACCCAAUUUUAUUUUCACCAUAUUCACUUUAAUGUAAUGUAAUGAGUUCUGUUCUGACAUGUGGCCGGGUUAGUUUUCAGCCUGCUGGUUGAGUUUGUGGGUUCAGACUGAGUGGUUCUGAUUUCUACAGUAAAUCACGUGUUACAAACAUC